AUGGCGACGGGGCCUGGACUCUGCAUGGCGGCCUCCGCUGGGGAUUUGGACCGCUGCAGGGAGCUCCUGACAGAGGGGGCGGAGGUCAACGCAGCAGACGUGUUCAAGCGGACUCCCCUGAUCAACGCCGUAGUGUCCGGCCAUGCACCGGUGGUGCAGCUUCUGGUUGCUGCACGAGCCGACACUGCCCUGGCCGACCGCAGCGGCUGGUCAGCGCUGCACUGGGCCGCGUUCCAGGGAGAUGGCGACAUGGUCCGACUGUGCCUCUCGUUGGGGGCAGAUGCGAAACAGAAGGACUUGAAGGGUAGCACUCCACGAGAGGUUGUGGAGCACCUCUUGGAAGGAAAAGGUGAGGCAAAGUUCGGCGAAGGUUUGCAGGGCGACCGAGGUCUCGAGGCUGUGCUCGCUCUGCUGCCCAGCUGGCCCAGCCGUGAAGGAAGUCCUGUGCCCAAGUGA